GUCGUGUUUAUUUUAAAGUCUGGGGUCUAUACUAGGGGUAAUACAUUAGAAGCCCUAGUCAUGAAUUCAUUGAUGGACUUCAAGGGAAGGGAUUAAUUCCUCCGUGGCAUAUUUUGAAUCCCUCCGAAUCAUCUGAUCUUCCCCGCAUUCUGGGGAUCUGCAUUCUUUGUUUUCCCAAUCUCUUUCUUUCUUUCUUUCUUCUCUCCAUUCUUUUCUCUCCCUCCUUCUCUCCCACUCAACAUCUCCAUCCAUCCAUCCAACACAAUGACCCCAUCACCCACCACCUUAACCCUAACCACCCUCCUCCUCUCCCUCCCCAUGGCCCUAACCUCCCAAUCCCCCCUCCACUCCUCCUUCACAUCCACCGCCAAUAACAAAACCUACGCCGGCAACCCCGUCUUCCCCGGCUGGUACGCCGACCCCGAAGCCCGCAUCUUCGACUCCACCUACUGGAUCUACCCGACCUACUCGGCCGCCUACGAGUCCCAAACCUUCUUCGACGCCUUCUCCUCCCCCGACCUCCUCACCUGGCACAAGCACCCGCACAUCCUCAACCUCACCGAGAUCCCGUGGUCCACGAACCGCGCCGCCUGGGCCCCGUCCGUCACGCGAUCCCGCGAUGGGAACUACUUCAUGUACUUCUCCGCGGGCGAUGGCGCGGGGAUCGGCGUCGCCAGGUCCACGACAGGACGGCCGGAGGGGCCGUAUAAGGAUGUGCUGGGGAGGGCGUUGGUGGAGGGUCCGACGGUGAAGGGGGCGCAGCCGAUUGAUGCGCAGGUUUUUCGCGACAACGGCGAGGGAGAAGGAGAGGGGGAGGGGGACGGCAGGGUGUGGUUGUAUUUCGGGGGGUGGAGCCACGCGGUGGUGGUGGAGUUGGAGCAGGAUAUGGUGACGAUCAAGGGCGAGUUUGUGGAGAUUACGCCGAAGGAUUAUGUCGAGGGCCCGUGGGUGUUGAAGAGGGAGGGGGUGUAUUAUUUUAUGUAUAGUGUUGGAGGAUGGGGCGACAACUCCUACGGCGUCAGCUACGUGACGGGCCCUUCGCCAACAGGCCCCUUCUCGUCCACCCCGACGAAGAUCCUCGAGGGCAACGACCAGGUCGGCACCGGCACCGGCCAUAAUAGUGUGUUCUCGCCCGACGGCAAGGACUACUACAUCGUGUACCAUCGGCGGUAUGUGAAUGACACGGCGCGCGACCAUCGCGUCACAUGCAUCGAUCGCAUGGAGUUCGACGGGCAGGGGAAUAUCAAGCCCGUGGUGAUUACGAAGGAGGGGGUCCGGGGGAGGCCGUUGUGAGGGUUUAGAUUCAUUCAUAUUCAUAUGCCCAUGUACAUAUCGGAAUUUCUACUUUCUGUUUUAGUGCUCACCCCCUC